CAUUCACAUCACAUAAAGAACACUGAUUUCAAUGUUGUCAUUGUUACUACAAUGCAGGAACACUAACGAUGGUUUUCACCUGAACAACAAGAUGAACCAGCCACCUGACCCGAAAUAUGGACCGGGUGUGGCAAAUGCAGAUACAUGAACAUGAGAACUGAAGCCACGUCAAAAGAGAAAGUGAAACCAAAUAAAACCACAUCAGAUACAGCACAGCGGAGGAGACGGCAUUGCACAUAGGACCUGCCUUACAUGAGUUUUGAAGAUAGAUAGAUUAGGUCAAAUGGAUGAAUACAAACAUGCGUUGUUCUUCGAGGCAAAAGAUCUGAAAGACAAAGAGAAAGGGAAAAUCAGAAGGUACUUUCAGAUAAGAAGAGAGUCUGGUGGAGGUGAUUGUGGAAUGAUUGAAGAGACAGAAGGCGACACUUAUAAGAUCUGUUUCAAGGAGAAAGAAGACCAGGAAAGGGUUUUGCUGAGGAAGUUUCACACCAUCUCUCUCCCUCGCGGUAAAGUGCGUCUGACAGUGAGCCGAGCGAUGCCAUCGCAGUCUGACGAGCCAUCAUCCUCCAGCUCGUCACAGACAUUCCCAAAACCAAAUACAAAAUGCCUUGAGAUGAUUUUCCCGUUGAACCUUUUCCUCCUGUGCUUCCUGAGAGACAACCCAAAAGCUAAUAAAGUCUUACAGAAGAGACUAUUUUGUAUUGGCUGCACGGUGGAGUUGGAUUUUGAAACGGAGGCGGCAGUGGUUAGGGGGGAUAUUGAGAAGGCCCCGGGAGGAGCCUUCGGUGUGGCAGAGAAGUGGGAGUUACAGGUGGAUCGGGUCUUCACCGGUGUCAAUGAGACCUACUGCUGCUAUACUGCUGUUGAGCCCAAAGAAGUCAAAAUCCUACAGCAGGACCCGUCCUUUGUGACAGACGAUAUCAAAGUGUACAGUGAGAGCGGUUACGUCGUGGUUGUUGGAGAGGUUGAGGCUGUGAAUGAGAGGAUUUCAAUGGUCAAAAAGAGCAUGCCUACCCGGAAGGAAUUACCAAUUGGGGAGAGGCAGUUCAAACUGGUACAAGAAGAGUUCAGUCGAGAAGUGUGUGUGUAUUACCCUGAAGUGAAAAUCCUGAUAGAGCGCAAUACGAUCACCUUGGAGGGCCCAAACAUGGACGUGCAGUCGGGAGCUACGAAACUGGAAGAACUGAUGAAGAAGGUAAAGGAAAAGAGAGUUAAGCUCUGCCCGGCUUUGAUGAGCUUCAUAAAAUCAAGUGACGUCAUCCCAAAGUACGAGGCCCGCCUCCAGCGAAGCCUCAGAAACCCUGUUUCCCUGGAGGCGGGGUCCGACCUGCUCCUGUCCAGUUUGUCCUCGGACGCCCUGGAUGAGGCCGAGGUGGCGGUGCGGAGAGACCUCGCCGAGGAAAAUCUGCCGGCGCAGGGAGCCGCGGCCGCACCUCCGGACCUGGACACCGUGAAGGAAAUCCUCAACAAAGCCAAGAACGAGGCCAACUCUGGAGAGUUCAGAGUGGACGUCAGCUUCAUCCCAGGACCUGUUGGAACCGCAGCCGCCGAAGUACGACUGGUGGGCUACAAAAAAGAUGUGAAAAAGCUCAAAGAGGUUUUGCAUGAAUACCAGAUGAACCAAGUCAGGACACAAGAAGUGCUGAAGCUACCACAUCCUGAACUGCUCAACUGUCUCAAUGAAUUUGUGAACUUGAUUGGCAUGAAGCAGAUCGAGGUGACCUUAACGACCUCUUCUUACCCAUACCCAAAUGUGCUCGUGGCUGGUCCCUAUUAUCUGGUCCAGGAGACCCAGCAGGCCCUGCGUUCAGCUCUGGUCUGUCUGGUGGUAGACACGUUGGUUCUAGAUGGACCAGGGGCUCAACGGUACUUUAAGGCAGAGGGUAGAGUGGCCAAGGAGCUGGUAGAAAGCUCCUGUCAGGUUCUUAUCAGAGAACAGCAAAGUCUGCAGUCGCCGUGGCCUCUGGUGCUUCAUGGCACCAGAAGCCCCGUGAGCGCAGCACCCCGACCUGUCCACGGACUGAGGAGCAUGGCUGCUGGGAGUCUUGCUGUCAACAAGCCAAGUCUGGAGAUCAAGCUUGGCAGUUUGGAGGAUCAGCAGGGGAAUGUGUUGGUGGUCCCAAUGCUCAACAGGAAGCUGACUUCUACUAAAAUUGGCAAAAGACUGUUGACUAAAGCCGGGAAUGAAAUCCAGUGGAAGUUUGAUUUAAUGGCAGCGACUGUCGCCCUCUAUCCCGGCGAUGUUCUGCAGGUCGAUGCUCCUCCAUCUCUGGGCUGCUCCAAGCUCUUCUUCGUUGAGUGCUUGCCGUGGGAUGGAGUCAGUGGGAGGAGCGUGCAGGUGCUCAGCGCUGGGCUGAAGAAGUGCUUGGACCUUUGCGUACAGCAGGGUUUGUGCUCAGUGGCUUUCCCCAUUAUCGGACAUGGAAUUGUUUUGAAAUACCCGCCGAAAGAAGCUGUUCAGGUGCUGACAGACAACAUUCAGCAGUUUGGAUUAACUGCGUCCGCUGGGUCUCUUUCCACCAUCCACAUCGUCAUCAAACCAGACUAUCCUGACUCUGAGAAGUGCUACUAUGAGGUCUACCGUCACCUCAGCUCAAGUAUGAACCAGGGAGGCCACGCAAUCUUCAAGUCCCUCACCAGUGACCUCGAUGACCUCACAAUGACAGUGGGAGGCGGAGUUAAACUGAAGCUGGUGUUUGGUGACAUCACCAAGGAGACCACCGAUGCUGUGGUGAACACGACAGACUUCACUAAUUUUCAGAACAGUGUGUGCAGAGCCAUCUUAACCGCAGCUGGACCAACGGUGGAGGCUGAACUCAAAGCAGGAAAAGUGAGCCGAGGGAAUGUUCUUGUAUCCGGUCCGGGAUUGCUCCCUUCUUUAGCCAUUUUUCAUGUCAGUGGUGAAAAGGAUGUAAAACUCAUUGAACAACUGGUGCUUCGCAUCGUGGAAAACUGCCAAGCGUUCUGGUUCAGGUCUGUCGCCAUUCCCGCCAUCUCUGCUGGGGCAGCCGGGCUGGACCCUCAUCUCGUGGCAGGCGCCAUCCUCCGAGGGGUCAGGAAGGCCACUUCGUCCACUCUCGCUUGUCUCACGGACAUCCGCAUCGUCCUCAGUAAAAUGAAAGUCUUCUUGGCCUUUAAAGAAGAAGCGUUGCAAAUGUUUUCCAGUGCUGUAAUUGACAGAGUGUCAGUACCUCCGUCGCCUCGUGCACAACCAGGGCAGCAGGCCCCUCCGUCUGAGAGCGCAGAUCUAAGCGGCCUGUGUACCAGAUCUGCAGGUCAGCAGUCCGUCUUCUUGUUCCUGGGUCUCUCCAGAGUGGACGUCCACGACGCCAUGACAAAGCUGAAGGAUGUGUAUCACGCUCAGUGCUCCACCAAAACCUUUAAGGAGGAGGAGCUGGCAGGUCUCACCCAGGACAACAUCGAGGAUCUGAAGCAGCUGGUUGAGCUUGAGGGUCUGUACGUUCAGAGGGAGCAGCCCGACCGGGGCACCUUGGCAGUGAGCGGGUUAAAAGAUGGGGUCAACACGGUGAUGCAGAUGAUCAACGCCUCCCUGCAGGACAGCCUCAGAAGAGAGGUGAGAGUCAGGGAGGAGGAGGAUCUCUUCAACCGUGUGGCCUGGUGCAUCCAGCCACAUGGCGGCAACUGGGAGAGACUCCCCAAAACCGCCAAUCACAACCUGGAAAACAACCGAGUGGCAGGAGGCAUCACGGACGCACAGAACACCAAGUGGUCCGUGGAUCCCCGGAGGACGGAGGCCACGAAUCGGUCCACCGGACAAACGGCCAAGCUGAAGCGACUUGAGCAUCUCUCGGACUUCACUUUCCCGCUCUACUGGGACAACAUGGCUGCCGGUGAAGCUUUCAAAAAGAUUCCUCUGCAGCCUUCUUCUGCAGAGUACCAAACGGUGAAGGAGGGCUUCUUACGAACUGUCCAGAAGACUGUGAUGAAGAUUGAGCGCUUGCAGAACGUCCACCUGCGACGCGCCUACGAAGCGCAGAAGAAGCACAUCUGUCAUAAGAACAAACAGCGGGUUGAAGCGGGGGAAAAGCUUCUGUACCACGGGACGACUCAGGACAACUGCGACUCCAUCGGGAAGACCGGCUUCAACAGGAGCUUCUCUGGGCAGAACGGGACCACAUACGGUCAAGGAACGUACUUCGCAGUGGACGCCAGCUACUCAGCCAACCUGACCUACUCCGCGCCGGCCCCCGACGGUUCCCAGUUGAUGUUCGUGGUGCGGGUCGCGACCGGCAUCUACACUCGAGGCCAAAGCAACAUGAGGACUCCUCCCACUCGCGGCGGCCAGCAUUCCCACGAGCGCUACGACAGCGUGGUGGACAACACGGACCACCCCAGCAUGUACGUGGUGUUCCACGAUAACCAAGCGUACCCGGACUACCUCAUCACCUUCAAGUGACCACGAGAGGGCGCAGGGGGAGGAGGAGAUCUUUGUGUACUUACUGUUUGAGGGUUAUGAUGCUUUGUGUUAUAUGUUAGUAAGACUGACUUGAGGCAGCUUUGCAUCUGUUUCUUUAGUGAUGUCAUUGAUGGACGCUCUUUUUUUGUACAACUUUUAGUUUGUGGCUCAAGUUAAAAUGGAAUGAUCCCGACAAAUUAUGAGCACCGACUCACUUAAACACACUCAUGGAAGGAUGCAGAUAUUACUCUUUUAUUUGGUUGAUAUUUGCAUUUGUUUUGGCACAGAGAAAGAUGGGCUUCAUAUAUAAAGGUGGAAACAGCUGUUUAGCCAGAAACCUCAAUAGUUGCAUAGUGCCUUUGAGUUGAUGCUGCUAAUCAAUAUGUUAUUUGUUGAAUGGAACAAAGCUUGACAUGGGUUGUUUGUAUCUCAUAUCCACCAAACAAAAACGUAGUUUGUUUUUCUGUAAUUCUGGUGUAGAUUAAUUAAUUUAAAAGAAAGUUAUAUCGUGAGUGUGUGAAUUCUGAGAGUGAAAUAUCUUCACUACUUGGAAGCUGUUUAUUAUCCCUAUGAGGUGUAUUGAAUGGGGGAGGGAAUAAAGUACUAAUCAUUAAUUCCCUUUUACAACCCCAAAUAAAUACGUUAAUUAACA